CNGGAUGGCGGCCAUUUCAAGGAAUUUUCUUCCUUCAGAUUGCUGGAUUUUAUCCAUCUUGCAGACUCGACUGCUUUCUCCUUCUGAAAAAGGGUAUCUUGGAAAUUAAGCGGUAACUAACAGUAGGGGACUAAACUGGAAUUUCUGAUAAUCUGAUGAUGGAUGAUGAUAUGGGGAUGGAUCUGGAUUUGAACCAACAACCUUCGGACCCACCUUCGGGUUCACCUUUAGGAUUAGUGUCUUUGUUAAAUGAUUUAGAAACUGCUCACACUAGGAUUGAGGAGAGAAUUAGGCAUCUUGAGGCUGUCACUGCUAGAGCUUUGCAGCGCCAUAGGCGGCGUCAGGCUCGCACUACCAUUGAUACUUCUGGUAAUGUGGAUAGUGAGAUGCAAGUUCAGAACAGCGACAGUGUUUUAGAUGUGGCGGAAAGGACUGUGGAGCGGGGAUGCAAAAGGGAUAGUUCCCAUUUGGUAGCAAAGGCAUUAGAGAUGGAUUUAGUGGUUAAUAAGGUAGAUGAUGAUGGUGGAAGUUUUUUUGACUGUAAUAUAUGCUUGGAUAUGGCGAAAGAACCUAUCUUGACUUGUUGCGGCCACCUAUAUUGCUGGCCGUGCUUUUAUCAGUUACCUUAUGUUGAUUCAACUACAAAGGAAUGCCCUGUAUGCAAAGGAGAGGUUGCAGAUGGAAAUGUUACUCCAGUUUAUGGUAAUGGAGAUGGUGAAAGCAUCACGGAACUGGAGUCUGGUUUGAAAAUACCGCCAAGGCCGAAGGCACGUCGAGUAGAGAGUGUUAGACAGCAGCGUGUGACUCGAGGUUUGUCUCACAUCCCGGUUGCAGAAGCACUAAGAAGAAUUAGAACUAGUAUUGGAUUGGGGCAUCAAGCGCAGCGACAGGAUGCUGGUGGAGUUAAUUUGAAUUUUGUGAGAAGCUCUCAUGUGUUGCAAACUGCUGAUACCUUAAGCAGCCGGAGACUACGUUCCCGUCUUAUCUCGAGGGUGUUGUCAGAAGGCGCUGCUUCUCUUUCAUCAGAGUUAGAUAAUGCACAACGGAUGUUUGAAGACCUUGCAGCAUCACUCACUGAUCGGCUUCUCCAAAGAAGUAAUGGAGAUGCCGUUCAUGGAGCGACAGAUGAUGGUGAUUCUUUCAGAAGAGAUGCUGCUUUCAUACAGUCAGAUAUUCGGACUCUGGAUGCAGUAGCAGGGACAAGUUCCGCUACAUCCAUUCCCUCCUCUUCUCAAGCAAAUGAAGUCUCUGACACUGUUGUUCAGCUGGAAAACCUUACAACUGAUACUCGCAAUCUGCCUGUGGGUCGAUCUUCCUUGGCUUCCAGGAGAAGAAGCAUUUUGUCGAGGCUUUCUGAUGUAGAUAGCGCACUUUUCCGCGAACCUAGAAGGAGAAGAUUGAAUUGAUGGCCUUUGAAUGAAUAAGGUAUAGUUUCCCAGUUCUUCUCUCAGCUCAAUUAAGUCCUUGCCAAUGCUUAUCACUUUCACGCCAUGGUGUUUAUUUGCCAACUCUAACGCAACUCGGAUAGAAACAGUUCCCAAAUAUAGACAAGAAUCAGUGUUGCCCCUGACUUCAGUUGGAAGAUUAUAUGCACAAUAUCUUUAGCUGCUUCUAGUUUUGGGAUUCACUAUAAUGGUGGAAUUUCUUGAUAUGAGGCUUUCUCAACAAUAAGCUACUGCUGCUGCAUGUAUUAGGUACUUUGGUUAAGAACCAGUAUAAAUUCUAUCUGCUUGUUCUCUGUGUUUGAUCAUAGUUCAUAAUGUACAAUGAAAAUUCGCAUUUCAUAAAUGUAUUUCUGGUGUUUUAUUUCGAUUUCUU